UGCUUGUCCUACACUGUGCAGUGUGUGUGUGUGCUGUAGGUAAUCUGUAGGACACAGCGGUGAGUAAUCAUGGUGUUCGAGGAGAAAAUGAUCCAAAACGGAGAUCCCGAGGAGGAGGAAGAAGAGGAAGAAGAAAUGGUGGACCCAUUAGAAACGAUCAGACAGAAGUGUACGGAGGCAGAGCACUGCGUCCACACGAAGGAGAAACUGGAGUUGUGUGAGACGAGGGUGGGAUCACAUCCAGACACCACUGAGGAGUGCACCGAGGAGCUGUUCGACUUCCUGCAUGCACGAGAUCAUUGCGUGUCACACAAACUGUUUCACUCCGUUAAAUGAAGCUCAUCAGAUCAUCAUCAGUGCUUCUGCAUGACUCCUCAGCCAGUAUCAGUGAUCCAGUGGUUGUUUAUGUGCUGUGUUGUGACAGUUGAACAUUUCUUCAUACUGACAUAUAAACACCAUUCUGUACCCAAAGCAGUCUGUUUAUGUUGCUGAAUUGUGAAUAAAAUGUUGUGUACAUCA